AUGUCUCCUAAGACGCAAGACCUCGAAACAUCUCCUUUGUUGUCGCCUGCCGGGUACCAGGACAACUCACCGCGACCCUCGAUUGAACAGCAGCGCAAAGCAGCAGCCCUCGACGAUCGAAACGUCGAAAACGAUGUCCUCCCAGAAGAAUCUGCGGCUGGCCGCAACAUCGGCUGGGGGAGCGCGUACGUUCUGGUGAUUUCUCGAGUCAUUGGAUCUGGCAUUUUUGCCAUGCCUGGAACAAUCGUGCAGAAUGUGGGAAGCCCGGGCUUAGCUCUGGUACUCUGGGUCGUUGGCGCACUGGUUGCCUGGGCUGGUCUUGCGAUCGAUAUGGAAUACGGUUGCAUGCUACCUCGAUCAGGCGGGGUAAAGGUUUACCUGGAGUACACCUUCCGCAGACCGCGGUUUCUUACUUCAACAUUGGUCGCCGUCCAAGCUGUCCUGCUGGGAUUUACGGCCAGCAAUUGCAUUGUGUUCUCCAAGUACACGCUGUUUGCGGCAGGCGUUACUCCUGGGGAUAUCAAUACCAAACUGCUGGCAAUUGGGCUGCUGACCUGGAUUACAGUUGUUCACAGCUGUUUCUACAGGACCGGCAUCUGGAUCCAGAAUGUUCUGGGGUGGCUCAAAGUGGGAUUGAUUGCUUUCAUGAUCCUGACUGGCCUAUUCGUCGUUUUGUUGCGACCUAUUGCUUCCUCCAGCGCCGCUUCCAGCGGGCCAGCAAGCAUCAGCUCCUGGGAUUCUCUAUGGACGGGCUCGGAUUGGGCAUGGAACACAAUGUCAACAGCUCUGUUCAAGAUAUCAUAUUCCUACGCGGGACUCAGCAACGUCAACAACGUGCUAAACGAAGUCAAGGACCCCAUUCGGACUAUCAAAUCGGUCGGUCCAACUGCGUUGCUCACGGCUUGUAUCAUGUAUGUUCUUGUCAAUGUCGCAUACCUUGCGGUGGUGCCGUUGGAGGAAGUGAAACAGAGCAGCGAGCUCAUUGCAGCGCUUUUCUUCGAGCGAGUUUUUGGCGCCGGUUUCGGCAACGUGUUCCUCCCACUGGCUAUUGCUCUGAGCGCGGCGGGAAAUGUCAUGGUGGUUACCUUCGCCGUGUCUCGGGUAAACCAAGAAGUUGCAAGGCAAGGUUUCUUACCAUAUGCGGCACUUCUGGCGUCUUCAAAACCAUUUGGAACUCCAAUGGGAGGGCUCAUUGUCCAUUAUGUACCGUCGGCUCUAGUCAUUGCCAUACCGCCCUCUGCCACGGUCUAUGCAUUCAUUGCCGACGUCGAAGGCUAUGCGGGAUCCUUUUUUGGUCUGGCGGUCGCUGCUGGUUUGAUCCUCCUCCGCUACAAGAGGCCAGACCUGCGACGACCGUUCAAAGCUUGGAUCCCAGCCGUGUGGCUGAGACUCUUGUUGUCUGUAUCCUUGAUCGGUGCUCCGUUCUUCCCUUCCAGGAAGGGCCAUUCGGACGUGGACUUCUUCUAUGCAACCUAUGCAUUAGUAGGAAUCGCCAUACUUGUGUUUGGAGUUUGUUAUUGGUUCGUAUGGACCAUUGCCCUGCCGCGUUACCGAGGCUAUACACUGGAAGAGGAGACGGGCAUAUUGGACGAAGGGACAACCAUAACGACACUUGCGCGCAAGGAAUUAUAA